CCCAGGCGUAAGUUCAUGUACCACUUGCUGGUGCUCUCCCUGCGAAAGCAGAAAGUCAACAUGCAAACCAGACUCCGUCGAUUCAAGGUCCUGGGGGAACAGUAAAUGCCUUUGCUCACUGCAUUUUGCUUCUGACAGUGGUUCCCCGGGAGCCUAAAAUUUGGGAAGUGAAACUGAACAUGCCACCCCCUUCAUGAGAGGGGAGGAAGAGACUUUGAGAUCUUUUUAUUGGGCCGCUUGCUUUUCUGUUGGUCCCACGCAGGCCUCGCCAUGAAGGGUUUCACAGCUGUCCUCCUCAUCUGGACUCUGACUUCUCCCGGCAGCAGCGGCAGCAGCAACAGCGGUUACGGUGACGGCCGCAGGGAAGCCUGGCCCACACACCUGGCCUGCAGGGAGGGGGGCUUGGAAGUGCUCUACCAGAGUUGCGAUCCAUUACAGGAUUUUGGCUUCUCUAUGGACCAGUGUUCCAAACAAUUAAAAUCAAAUCUCAACAUUAGAUUUGGAAUUAUUCUGAGAGAGGACAUCAAAGAGCUGUUUCUCGACAUAGCUCUCACCGCUAAAGGAUCGUCCAUUUUGAAUUUCUCCUACCCCAUCUGUGAGGAGGACCAGCCCAAGUUUUCUUUCUGUGGAAGAAGGAAAGGAGAGCAGAUCUACUUUGCCGGCCCUGUCAAUAACCCUGGCAUAGAUAUUCCCAAGGGAGAAUACCAGGUUUUGCUAGAACUGUAUACCGGAAGUCAUGCCACCGUGGCCUGCGCCAAUGCCACCAUCAUUUCCUUCUGACUGUGGCCUGCACAAAAUCACAGCAAGCUCCUCGCAAGAGAACUCUCAGACCGAACCUACCGCGUGAGAAGAACCUGCUGACGAGUUACAGAGCCCUGCAAAGCAGUACCCCGAUGAGCGCAGCUGCUAAUCUGAGCCCCAGGACAGACGUCUCCAGACUGCACAGAUGUAAGGAAGUCCCCAAAUUAUCUGCUUCCAAGGAGCCUCUUGGUAGUCACGAGGCUGUCUCGAGGGUGGAUUGUUCUCUAAUUAGUUGCCUCACACGAGACUCACCUGCUUUCCAGCUCCUCUAGAGCUCUUCCGCACGGUUACUGAGAAUAAAGGCUGGCCCGCCACUGUU